UUUUAACUCAAGCAGUAUCAUCCAAAGCUCCCACAGAAUCAUGGGCUCUUAGCGCACGAAAGCAGCCUAGAUCUCACAGACCUCGAGCCACGCCAUCUGGCCUGAAGAGAAGGAAAAGACAAGUGGAACUCUCAAGAAGCCAUCUGAACUUCAGGAAAAUUCUUCUCUGUGUCUAAAACUGUAGCUGCACAGAGAAGAUGCGGAGCAGGCAGCGCAGGAUGCGUCUGCAUUUCCAUGCAGGAAUGAAGAGCUGUUGCUUUGUGUUUAGAUGGAUGUAGCGUGAGACUGCAAUAGAAUUCAGUGUCUGGUCUGGUCAACCAAAUCAGAUCCUAAAGAACCAUCGUACACGGCCAUCUGCAACUUCAAGGGGACUGAGAAGAGUAUAUUGAACGAGGCAUAGUAGCGCCCUGAAUAAAAUCGGGAUGAUGUUAAUGAGAAAAGAAGGAAUGAAGGUGGAACGACAUGACAUGAACACCCUCAGCCUGCCCCUGAACAUACGCCGAGGCGGGUCAGACACCAACCUCAACUUCGAUGUCCCGGAUGGCAUCCUGGAUUUCCACAAGGUCAAACUCAAUGCAGACAGCCUGAAACAAAAAAUCUUAAAGGUGACAGAGCAGAUAAAAAUCGAGCAGACGUCCCGAGAUGGGAAUGUUGCGGAAUAUCUGAAACUGGUCAGCAGCGCAGACAAGCAGCAGGCCGGGCGAAUCAAGCAGGUCUUUGAGAAGAAGAACCAGAAGUCAGCCCACUCCAUCGCCCAGCUCCAGAAGAAGUUAGAGCAGUACCACAAAAAGCUCAGGGAGAUUGAGCAGAAUGGAGCGACCAGAAGCUCAAAGGACAUUUCUAAAGACAGCCUGAAGGAAAUACAUCACUCGCUGAAGGAUGCCCACGUGAAAUCUCGAACUGCUCCCCACUGCCUGGAGAGCAGUAAAUCGAGCAUGCCAGGGGUCUCCCUCACGCCCCCCGUGUUUGUCUUCAAUAAGUCCAGAGAGUUUGCCAACUUGAUCCGGAAUAAGUUUGGUAGCGCAGACAACAUCGCUCACUUGAAGAAUUCCCUAGAGGAGUUCAGGCCGGAAGCCAGCCCCAGGGCUUACGGCGGCAGUGCUACCAUCGUGAACAAACCCAAGUAUGGCAGCGAUGACGAAUGUUCUAGUGGUACAUCCGGCUCAGCAGACAGCAAUGGGAACCAGUCCUUUGGCGCUGGUGGAGCCAGCCCCAUGGACAGUCAGAGGAAACUUGCCAGGAUCCUGGAAGAGCUGAGGGGGAUCAAGGUUACCCAAACCCAGCUGGCGGAGGACAUCGAGGCACUGAAGGUGCAGUUUAAGAGGGAAUACGGCUUUAUCUCUCAAACUCUGCAAGAGGAGAGAUACAGGUAUGAGCGACUUGAAGACCAGCUCCAUGACCUGACAGAGCUGCACCAGCAUGAGACAGCCAACCUGAAGCAGGAGCUAGCCAGCGCUGAGGAGAAGGUGGCCUACCAGGCCUAUGAGCGCUCAAGGGACAUCCAGGAAGCCUUGGAAUCUUGCCAGACUCGCGUCUCCAAGCUGGAGCUACAUCAACAGGAGCAGCAGACCCUGCAGACAGAUGCUGUGAACGCCAAGGUCCUGCUGGGGAAGUGCAUCAACGUGGUUCUGGCCUUCAUGACCGUCAUCCUCGUGUGUGUAUCCACCCUGGCCAAGUUUGUCUCGCCCAUGAUGAAGAGUCGCUCCCACAUCCUUGGCACCUUCUUUGCCGUGACUCUUCUGGCAAUAUUCUGCAAAAACUGGGACCAUAUCUUGUGUGCCAUAGAAAGGAUAAUCAUCCCAAGAUGAGCCUGCUGGUUCCUGCCUUCGCAUCCUCUCGAGUUUUUAUUUUGAAGCAAACCCUGUGCAUACUACCAAAAUUCCUGAAUGAACGGCUGUGCCAAAGAUGGCGGGAAGGACCAGAGCUUGUGUGGUGUAAAUAGGUAGUCUCUUAACCUAGUAGCCGUUGCCAACACUGUCCCUGUAUGUGGCUAAUGUGAGACUGUCCCAGAGUCCUCACGUGGCUCACUGCCUUAAUCAGAGCAGAUCUCCAGCCCACCUGUCAAGCUCGGCACAGUAAAGCCCUGUUCUUUGAGCGCCAUGAUAGCUAACAGCUGUGUUCUGAGUUCCCCUGAGCAGCAAGAAGAUGGUAGGGCUCCGGGAAGUGAGUGACCACGGGUCCUGGCAGGGUUGAGCCCCUAGGGGUCUGCAGAGGCUCAGCGAGUCUCUCUGUGAUCUAUCCCACUUGCCUACAGGUGGCUCUAUGUCCAACUAUGUACCCAGUGUUCACAGCGGUCAAUGGCGUAUGUCCUCAUAACAUGGAAAUCUUCUACCUGCUUAUCCAAGCAAAAGUCUACCCGACCGGAGGCCCUGCACUUUACAAGGUAGACACUAGGACUUACAGCUGGCCUUUCCUCUUAUGCCUAGGGUACCACACGCCUGAUUUCAUCUAGCGUUGGUUAGCAGUGCCCUGCCCUCGGAGAGUGCAGCCAGGCUGUUGUCGAACUGUAGCUUUGGUACCUCGGGGUCCUGCGAACAUCCCUGGGGAGGCCAAUGCUCUGGCAAUUGUUAACUGUGAUAAAUGCCCUUAGAGGACAGGAUGCACUUUAUGUGAUUCACUUUACUCACGGGGUCUGCAGGGAUCAGGCUGCAAAGCUUGUUCAGGAAAUGAAAACGAAUGACGCUCGCGUUGCCUGGUUUUCCUUUUCUCAGAGACAGCAAAAUCAAACUUCAUAAAGCUUCUGUGUGCCGAGACAGGACACCAGGGGCCUAAGAGGGAUGUGAACUUUUAGGUCUAAUCAAAUGGUGGCUAGAUUAGCGGGAGCCCUUUACCCCAGAUGAGAGCAGGAGGGUCCCCUUAGGGACGUGAAAGGCAUCAGGAAUAAAAUUAAGUCCUGUGCUGGAUGGAGGUGAGUUUCUGCUGUCUGUCUCUUAGGUACACAGACAAGUGCUGAGGUCACAAGAUAAAUGCACUGCUGGUGAGCAGAAAGCGUGCAAGAGCUGCUGUGUUUUGUUUGAGAGCUGCCGUGUUUUGUUUGAUGGUUGCCAUGGUUUUCUGUGUACACCACCAGGUGGAGAGAGAAGAUUUUAUUGGAUGCUGUCAGCCAGCCAGUCAGGACUCUGGUCCUCCCACCCCACCUGCUGAAAAUGUAAAGAUACUCUUAAAUACUUUCUUCCAGAAGAAUCGCUCUUAGAUUUAACUGUUCUCACUUACAAGUGGGUGUCCUUAGGGACAUUCCCUGGAGGUUGGAGGUGGCAGCAUGUAGCAAUUUAGUUCAAGUCCAGGUAAUGUGAGUGGGACCCACACAGCUCCAACCUUUAUCCCUCCCCAACUCUAACUUCUAAGUCAAUAAUUGAAUAAUUUUAGUAAAUUCACAAAGUAUUUAACUAUUACCCCUAACCAAUUCCAGAGCCACUCUUUUCAAAAAAUAAUAAAUAUAACUUUAUGAAAUGCAAAGGAUUUUGAAAUCAGGGAUAGGGGAGGUCCCAGCCCCACUCCUACCCAUGGUUUUGUCCCCACACUGGAGACAGGCGUUUCUAGUCCAAAAAAAAAAGGCAGGAAGCGAGAACCAUCAUGUUCCCUUAUUCUUAUAUUUUAAUGGCCUGUCCUUUACCUGUAGGCACCAGAUUCCAUCUCCUUACACCCUGAAGCAAGCUGGACUCUGCUGGCUACCCACUCCUAUUUGUGAAUAUUUCCAAGUGGCACUUAGAGUGUGCCAGGGCCUGGGGUGCCGGGAAUGCUGCCAACAGGUUUCAGAAUGCAUUUGAAUGCAGCCUUAGAGGCUUAGCUAGACUUCUGGGAGAACCCAGGAGAAGGUUCUGUUCUCACCCCUGCACAGCCUAACAGGACCGCUCUUGAUUGUCACUUGUCAGACCCGCAGUCUGUGUUUCUUCUCCCUGAUGAGAAAGCCCAAACCAGCAUACGCCACACCCUUCAGACUGAGCUUGGAACAGAAUCUGUGAGAAACGGGCACCGUUGUGAAUUCACGGGUAGAGGAGGGCUAGCCAAAUCAUCAUGAUUCCUUCUAAAGAACUUAGAUCCCACCCACUCCCAUUAAAUGUCCAAUCACCUUCCUUGCCUGGGUAUGUGCAGCUCUGUGGCAUACUUGUCUUAUGGAAAGUUUGUGAAGUUUUUUUUUUUUUAACAAGAUUGUAUAGUUCAAGGAGACUUCAAUUCUGCCGUUCUUUUUUUCUCUCAAGGGCUAUAUAACCCCUCUCUCGCUCUCUUGAGCAUAUGGCUUACACACUGAAGAACUGAACUGUAUAAAUAUACAAAUAGAAGUAGCGAUAAGAGCUGUGAGGUACCCUGGAAUUGGAAUCGAUUUGUAAUUGAGUCGGCCCAUCUUGUUUUGCACUUUCUGUUGAGAGUCAACGUUUUGUGUAUCUCUUGUGUUGAGAACCAGUUGUAGACGAGUGAGCACCUUCCCUGCUUGCCUAGGGACACUGGUGAAGGAUGCUAGAUGCUGGACUCUGGACCUCUGGUGACAUCACCGUCAAUCAUCAGGAGAGUGAUUAAAGAGGACAGAGCAGAACUUUAAAAUACUAAGAAUAGUAAAUAUUUAAAAACAAAAACAAAAACCUAAGCAGCCACUCACUGUGAAGCAAACAGUGACCUCAAAUGCUCUCACUGAUUUUGGAGUGUGAAGGCAGGAUUCCCCAUCUCAAGCUCCUGGCUUGUGGCUUAGUAGUUAUCAGGUGUUCUUGUGUUGUCCAUUGACAUUCAUUCACAUUAAUACUCUGUAGCACUGAGGGAGAUUUAAGCAUCUCCCUCAGUGAGUUCUUACUGCCCCGCCACUUCUCUAACACAGGGUGGGAGGGGUGAGGGAGCUCGUCCCCCCCCCCACACACACACACACAGCAACUAGUUACUUUGAUUCUUUUGGGUUGCAUUUUAAACACCAAAUUACUUUUGUGUUGAAUGGCAGUUUAUCAUGGUGGUAUUGUUAUUGUUUUGAUGUCCAAUUCAGACCCAGUUGUCAGGGUUUGGAAAAACACACGUACCUGUGAUUAAACCUAUUUUGCAUGUUUUCUUAAUUCUGACCUUGGGCUUAUUUAGAGGUAUGAACAUGGGCUUAUUUAGAGUGAUGGUUCAAAGGUAGCAGGUAACUUUUAAGGGGUCUAAAAGGACAAAUCACAGAAAACAAUUAGAUUGGUCUGUUUGUAUCAAAAAUAAAGAGCUUUAAAAAACUUGUCAUUAGUGGGAACUGGGUGACUUGUUAGAAAUAAAGCCAAAAUACCGUUGUCUGCCAUGGAUACAAUUCUCUCUGCUUGAAGAGACUGGAAGUGUCUGAGGGUAGUUUACAUGUUGCUGUCCUCGUAUAUUAAAGCAUGUCUACUGUGUUUGUCCUAAAAGAAACAUUUCACCUAAAUGUGCAAUGUGUUUCAGAUGUGCUGAGGCAACAGAGGCAAUUCUGAGAUAACAUCAGGAAUGCUGAUUGUAACUUCUGUUGCAGAAUCCCACCUCAUGGGAUGCUACAUAGUUUUGUAUCUGCCUAAAAUUGUAAUUUCUCUGUAGAUCUUCCCCAUGGCCAUUGUCAUCAAUGAAUUCAAAGCAGGUGCCAUUAUUUUUUAAACAAUUGAUGUUUGCUUUGGUGUUAAAUAAAAGAACUAGAUUUCUUAAAUUUU